ACAAGUGUUCUCAAUAAAAUCAGAAAAAAACAAUACAAACGUUUACAUUUCCGUUUAAUAAUUUAAAUUAUGUUAACAUUAACUGAACAAUUAAUUAGAAAUCUCAACGUAUUUGAUCAAAACUCCUUUAAUCGUUACGUUUAUUAAUUUGAACGCUUUCAAAAUACAACUUUCUCUUCCUUUUCACGACAAAUCCUCGGCUCAAUGGAAUUUCAGCAAGAAAUCAUCAACCCGCAAGAGCUCGCAUUCAACAAUCCGAUCAUUUUAACCCAAAUAUUAAACAACAACCCAAUUCCCUUGAAAGAUGCCCGACUCGUUUCUCAAUUUUGGAAUAGUGCCGUCCUCUCUCUUCCGAAUACUAAACUCGCCUUAAAUCUACACCCCCAGAACGACCCGCUUCCCCCCAAUCCUGACCUCGUCCCAUUUUUCGAGACAACUUCCACCUUCGAUGCCCGCCUUGCUCGACACAUCAGCCCCACUUGUCCCUUCACCACGUGCACCGACGAGCCCCGCCACAUUUACUCCUUUGCUUAUAAACUGCUCCAUUUCAGCGAUAAAUUUAGCGACAGGAUACAAACCUUAGAGAUUUUCUUGGCGUACGAAAACUGUCUAAAAUUCGUACAUCAAGUCGUGAAAAAUUGCGGCCCUGCUUUGAAACAGUAUCGGCUCACGUGCAAAUUUCAGACAUCCACAGAUUUGGAUUUGACCCCAGAAAAUAAGCUAAUUUUGGAAUCCUCACUCCAACAAAAGCCUAAUUUGACCUCGUUCUCACUCAGUUCAAACAUGGUGACCCCAUUUCUCACAAGUCUUGCUCAAGUGGUUGUUAACUCUGCGCCAAACUUAGGGGAGGUCACGCUUCCCUGGGGGUUCUAUCCGGAUUUAGCUAAUUCUAAAGGUAUCACCUCUCUCACAAUCACACUGUACGGCGUGCACCUAAAGACCAUCCCUUCCGCGAAGACUUACCUUUCUCACCUCACCCGCAUGUUAACGCAAGUUCGAGAUCAACUCAUCUCCCUAUAUUUUAGCUGUCUCGAUUCCACCUCCGGGAUAAAAGGAACCGACGAGGAAAUUAAUACCCACUCAGGAUUCCAGAUACCAAACAGGAUGAUAAAAUUACGCAAAUUUGUGAACGAGUUCGUCGACAUUUUUCCGUGCGAGGAUCUCCUACAAGGAAAUAUUUCCGGCCUGGAAACCCUCGUGUUGGGAAAAGCGUUUAUUGAGUCGACCCGAAUGGACGAACUUUUUAAAAAAGUUAACGAUACGAACAAUAUUUUGGAAAACGUAAAGAAUUUAACGCUUUCCGGAGUUCACGAUCCAAAAUUACUGGAUGACCCAAAGCUUGAUUUGAGGAGGUUUUUUGGGUCCAACGUCAUGGGGCCGGCACGUGUCACUUUUCCCUUGGCUCUGAAAGCGUGUAUUGGUUGGGAGAAGUUGAAACAUUUGAAUUUGGCGGUGCCAUCCCAAUACAAUUUCUGGAUAUUGUAAAACCUCUCGUGGAUAACAGGGAAUUGUAUGACUCUGGGCUCAAAACGUUAAAAGUUGGCAAAGACGAACAGUGUCACAUGGCUUAUAAGUUAACAGAGGAAGAGAUUUGUCUCUUCAAACGAUUAGUCAAGAUUAUCAGUGGAAUGGACCGGGUCACAAUUUCUAACCUUUACUUGAACAAAGAAGCGGCGGACGCAAUAUCCGAGUUCAUUGUGGAGAAUGACAUGCCCUUAUGGAGAUUUGACAUAUUUACUUCGAGUGAAGGUCUGAUUUCAGAGUGUAAAUGCAUUGCUUGUAUCCAUGCAACAUAAGCAUGUAUUUUUCUAAAUCUCCCCACGUGCGGUUUUCAAGAACGUCCUUCCAUAAACCUAAAUAUUUAAACAUUUGGUCACGCACAGACUGUAAACUCAAUCUAUAUUUAAACUAACCGUGUCACUAAUUAUGUAAUCUAGUUUUGUAAACUAAAGUUUCUAGAGCUUACAUUUGAUCCACACUCUUAACAUUAUUUGUACAGGAACUCUCCAUAACCCAACACUAAAUUGUAUACAUUAAGUGUAUCUUAAUGGACCCGAAGAAGCUUUGAAGGAUAAUUCAAUAAAGCUUAUAUUAUCAUCUCUUA